AUGGACUUAGCAACCCCCGAGGCAUUUCGAGCCGACCCUGGGCUGGUAUGGCAGUUUUAUUCGUACAGGAGACACAUGGCAUUGAAAGCCCAGCCAAAUCGAGCACAUCUGGCACUGGCAGAACUCGCCAAGCGGAAAGAAGGGUUUAUGACACUGAGUCAGAACGUGGAUGGUCUGUCGCAGAGAGCUGGACAUCCGCGCGAGAAGCUACAGCUUCUGCACGGGUCCCUGUUCGACGUAAAGUGUACGAACUUCUGGUGCGAUUUUGCGGAAGAGAACAACUUCGCCGAUCCCAUCGUGCCGGCGCUGGAGAUUCCAGUAGAUGAGCCAGAUCCUACGAGUAGCGAGGCAAGACAAGCUGUUUCAGACGCGUUGAGGGCGAAGAAGAAGGAACUGGAUAUAUCGGAUGCAAGAGUGCAGCUUCCGGAGCUGCGCUACCAGGAUCUACCUCAAUGUCCGAAAUGUAAAGAAGGCCUAUUGAGACCCGGCGUCGUGUGGUUUGGGGAGAUGCUGCCCGAGAAGACCAUCUCUACGAUUGAUGACUGGCUAACAGCCUCGAAGAAGAUUGAUCUAAUCAUGGUAAUUGGCACGAGCGCAAGAGUAUACCCAGCUGCUGCGUAUGUUGACAGAGCUAGAGCCAAGGGAGCGAGAGUUGCAGUGAUAAACACGGAGAGGACAGAUGCCCCAUCAAGCGGGCUAAGGAAGGAUGACUGGUUCUUCCAAGGCGAUGCGGGACAGGUUGUUCCCGAGAUCCUGAAGUCGGUCGUUGGAGAGAUUAGUGCGCCUACUGAAAAGCUCUAG